CCCACUGUGGCUCAACUCACCUAGUUAUUUCCUGUCCCUCCUGCAACAGUACCGGUCAUUCCACCAUAUUAUAUCAAAGCACUGCCGAGAUGUCAACGGCCACCGAAACAGCGAUGCAGAGCUCUCACCCCCCCAUCACCCCGAAGACCUUCUCCGCACAACAACCAGAGACGAUCCGCCUCUACCCUCUGUCCAACUACACAUUCGGCACCAAGGAAACACAACCAGAGGAAGACCCAUCGGUCCUGGCGCGACUCAAGCGGUUGGAAGAACAUUAUGACACCCACGGCAUGAGACGGACCUGCGAGGGCGUGCUGGUCUGCCACGAACACAACCACCCGCAUGUGCUGAUGCUGCAGAUCGCGAAUGCCUUUUUCAAGCUACCCGGUGACUACCUCAACUUUGAGGACGAGGAAAUCGACGGCUUCAAGAAGCGGCUGAAUGAGCGUCUCGCGCCCGUUGGGUCGCAGUUCUCGGGCGAAGGCGUCAACGAGGAUUGGGAGAUCGGUGACACCCUGGCGCAGUGGUGGCGGCCGAAUUUCGAGACCUUCAUGUACCCGUUUCUGCCUGGGCACGUUACCCGGCCGAAGGAGUGCAAGAAGCUUUAUUUCAUCCAGUUGCCCAAGAAAAAGGUCCUCUCCGUCCCCAAGAACAUGAAACUCCUCGCCGUCCCGUUGUUCGAGCUAUACGACAACACCGCCCGCUAUGGACCCCAGCUCUCCGCCAUCCCGCAUCUCCUCUCGCGCUACAAUUUCGAGUUCGUCGACGAGAACGACAACGUCGUUGCCGCGACCCCUGGGACGCCGUUGUCUGAUAGCGAGCAUCCGAAGACCAAGGUGCUUGCUGGACAGAGCGAUAGCCAGGAUGAAGGCAUGGCGGAUUAUAACGCUGAUGGGCAGGAGACCGGAGACCAGACUGCGCAGUGAGAUUACUCAUGCGACUGGCGGCUUGAAAAUCUGUCUUCUCUCAAUGUGCUUGUUUGUUUGUUUGUUUGUUUUUUUCUUAGGCCGGCGUUUCCAGGAGCGACUUGUCUAUCUUGGUGUAUCUUCUAGAGG